CUUCGGUUGAUGCAAGGACCGGUUUUCUGUAUAGUUCAGUCAAAAAACUCAAAAGCACCAGUUUCCAAUCCAAACCACUUCCUUUGAACCCAUGACAUUUUCUCUGACUUCCAUUUAUCUUGUGUUUCAAAGUAAUUCCGUUGACACACAUGAGGAUUAUUUGCUCCCGCAGAUAGUGCUUCGAUUAUCUGCGGCACUGCUAUCGAACGUACUUUUGGGUUCUGGACUUGGCAGAUUCUCCAAGGCCCUCGAGCUUGUAGCAUCUAACUUGGCUUCAAGUUUUUAGAGUUCCCUUUUUUCCAUAUUUAGGUUCUACAUUUUUUGCUGCGAGCCUGUGACCAAUAAGGAGGAUGAUGACAGAAGUGGAAUCUGCACAUGAAACACAUGGGUCAUUUGUGAGCAAGCCUACAGGUCAUCCAUUGCCACCACCAGACCACGGGACACCAGUUAUAGCACUCUUCAAUAGUUUUCGUCAACCUCAAAAUUUACAACCCAUACCGGCAAUACCACCCAAACUUGGUAAAUGGGAUCAAAGUGCUCCAGCUCAAGUACAUACAAAUGUAUUCACUGAAGUAUUAAGAAAAGAUCAACAGGAUGCUACAAAGAUACUAGAAACACCAAGCAAGGAUGUAGCCAAUAACGUUCCUAAUUCAGCGUUGACAAACACCAACCUAGUUCCCUAUGUCAUCCUACAUCUUGCUGCUCUCAGUGGUGACUGGGAUAUUGCUAGAAACUUCUUGCAAUCAAAGCCACAAGCUGUAAGGGCUAAGAUCACAAAGGGUUCAGAAACUGCUCUUCAUAUUGCAGCUGGGGCCAAACGUACAACAUUUGUUGAAGAGCUAGUUAAAUGGAUGACAUCAAAUGACCUCGAAUUGAAGAAUGAUGUGGGAAACACCGCUCUUCAUUUUGCUGCUGUAUCCGGUAUCAAAAGAAUCGCUGAGGUAAUGGUGGACAAGAAUCCAACACUACCUCAGAUCCGAGGUAUCAAAGAAUUAACACCUCUCCAUAUGGCCACCUUGCUUGGGCACAGGGAGAUUGUUUGGUAUCUAUACGAUAAGACAAUUUUGAUGGACCGUGACCAUAUGGGGCUUCUUGUUUCUGCCAUAACAGCAGAUCUUUAUGAUGUAGCACUGGAUAUAAUUCAAAAGAACCCUCAGAUUGCUUUUGCUCGAGAAGAAAAUGGAGAGACUCCACUUCAUGUAAUGGCUCGAAAGCCUUUAGCGUGUUAUAGUGGAAGUCAGCUGGGAUUCUGGCAACGAUGCAAAGGUUCAUUACUCCCCCAUACAAAGGCUCCUUACGGAAAAAAGUUAAUGUAUAUGCAAGCCACUCAACUUGUGAAGCAGCUCUGGGAGAAAAUUCUGACCUUAAACAGCGACUCUGCGAUAAGUGAUUUAAUUAGAACGCCUUCCAGCUUAUUGUUUACUGCUGCAGAGUUGGGCAAUAUUGACUUUCUGAUCAUACUUCUGAGAUCAUACCCUGGUCUUAUUUGGCACGUUGAUGAACAAAAUCGAAGCAUAUUCCACACUGCUGUGAUUCACCGACAGGAGAAAGUUUUCAAUCUUAUAUAUGAAUUAGGUGGUCUAAAAGAAUUAAUAGUUUCUUAUAAAGAUAACGACAAUAAUAACAUGCUUCAUUUGGCUGCAAAACUUGCACCUGUGAUUCGACUAAAUGAUGAUACCGGGGCGGCUUUGAAAUUGAGAAGAGAGUUGCUUUGGUUUAAGGAAGUGGAGAAAAUCGUCCAGCCAUUGUAUAAAGAAAUGAGGAACUCCGUUGGGAAAACACCUCAAAUUCUAUUCACUGAGGAGCACAAGGAAUUAUUACGAGAAGGAGAAGUGUGGAUGAAGGGCACUGCAUCAUCAUGCAUGGUUGUUCAACGCUCAUUGCGACUGUAAUGUUUGCUGCUUUCUCCACUGUCCCUGGUGGCAACAACAAUGACACUGGUAUUCCCAUAUUCCUUCAAUCAAGGGCCUUCAUCGUUUUUGCCAUAUCCGAUGCUGUUUCGCUCAUCUCCUCCGCAGCUUCCAUCUUGAGCUUUCUGUCCGUUCUCACGUCGCGCUAUGCCGAAGGAGAUUUCCUCCAUUCGUUACCCAACAGAUUGAUCGUAGGGCUUGCAACUCUAUUCAUCUCCAUAACUGCCAUGAUGAUCACAUUCGUUGCCACAGUAUUUAUUGUUCUUGGCUCCGAAUUUCAUGGCAUAAAAGUCCCAAUUGCUUUGGUUGCUGGCGUCCCAGUUGGUUUCUAUGCCUUGCUACAAUUUCCCCUUCUUGCAGAUAUGAUCAAUCAUGCUUACAUUUCAAGAGUAUCUUUUCGUCCUUGCAACCACCUUUUGCACUAGUUUUCGUGUUUAAAUUAGUGAGCAGCACUAAUUAUUCAUUGCGUUUGUCUUAAUUUGUAUAUUUGUUUUUACAACUAUGAACCGAAAUUCAUGUUUUGCGUUGUA